AUGGCAGAUUUGGCACUGGGAAUACCGGGUCUUGUUGUCCUCUGCAUCCAGGCCGGGCAACGCAUCCUCGAAAAGUGCCGUACCUUCAAGAACUACGAAACCGAGCUCGCCGACCUCUCCCUCAACGCAGAGGCGCAAUGGCGCCAGCUCGAAGAAAAGAUCGAAUUCAUCGCCAUAAUCGAGUCUUCCCUCGAGCCCGGCGACCGCGACCACUACGAGCGAGUCAUCACAACUCUCAGAGGAAAACUCGACGAUAUUAGAGCCCGCAUCGACAGCAUUCCCGAAAAGGCUUCGGGCUUCCUCACGAAGCUCAGGUCGGCCUUUAGAGCCGGAAAGGGCGGGUUUAGGAAGCUAAAGCUCGCGAUUAAGGAGUUUAUGGAGCUGCACCAGAUAUUGCUGCCGUCGUUUUAUCUGCUGGCGCGCGUGCACGGGAAUGAGGUAGAGCAGCGGAUUAAGGACGGGCCGGCGAAGAACAGCGCGUCGAUAUCGACGGUGAAGAGCCUGCGGAAGGCAAGGGCAGACCUGGAGCUGACCGGCGGGGGCGGGAGGUCGGCAUCGCCAGGCACGGAGGAGCGCAUGAAGCAGACGAAGAAGGAUAUCAAUAACGCGGUGAAAUACGGUGGCGCGGACAACACGUACUGGACGGAUCGGGGGUCGAUCAAGUUCACACCGGUGCAGACGCACGAGUCGCGGGAGACGAACCGAAUGGUGCUGAUCGACUCGAUACCGUGUGAUGGCCGGGACCGCGGCGCCGUAAACGUCAUAAAGGACCUACAGGGGCUUGCGCUGGUGCUGCAGGCGAUUAAAGACCCACUGACGCUUGGGAUGCUGUCGUGUGCGGGGAUUACCAAGGUGUACGGCAAAGACGGACGGCUGGUGACGAGCUUGGAGAUGGUGCUAGAGGUGCCGAAGGAGCUGCGGAACCCAAGGUCCUUCAGAAGCCUGCUGUCCGGCGGCGCAGAGAUAGACUUUAGUAUCAGUGAGAAAGUCAACUUUGCGAAGCAGCUCGCGCGCACAGUCUCGUUUGUGCACUCUGCAAACUUUGUGCACAAGAACUUCCGGCCCGAGACGAUCAUCGUAUUCGACACGCGCGGGACUGACUACCCGCGCAUCGGCACGCCGUUCCUUGUGGGCUUUCAGAAGUUCCGCGUGGCAGUCGGCGGGAAUACGGCGAAACUGGGCGACACGAACUGGGAGAAGAACAUCUACCGGCACCCGGAGCGACAAGGCGAGUUCCCCGAGGAGGUGUACCGCAUGGAUCACGAUGUGUACAGUCUUGGUGUGUGUCUGCUGGAGAUUGCGCUGUGGAAGUCGUUUGUAGUUUAUGAUGAGGCGGGUGGCAACCCGAGGGCGCACCCAGAGAUGGAGAGAUUGACGCAGAUGAAUGGGUGGGAUGUGAGGGAUGAGUUGGUGAAGAUGGCGAAGGAGUUGAUCCCACUGAGGUUGGGGAGUAUGUUUAUGGAGGUCACGGUGGCGUGUCUGCAGGGACUGGGAAGCUCGGAAAUGUCGCCAGAGAUAAGCUUUAUUGAGAAUAUCUUGGGCAAGUUAAACCAGAUAACGAUGUAG